CGUUUUAUUUCAACAUUGGUGAUUUGCAUUACUCAGAGAAAAACGUAUCAAUGUGUUAAUGAAGGUGUAUUUUAUUGUGAUAGUUUAACCGGAUAUCUUAGCUGUUAAUGUCGGUGCAACGUCACUUGACGCGUCUGUCUGUCUGUCCAUCUGCACCGCGCAUGCGCACACCGGUCCUCCGCUGUCUGUAAUAAUAACCCGGACUGCUGCUAGCUUUCACCGACAACACGACGACCGCGUCCUCACCCUCCACGUCUAUGGCAGCUAUCUUUUUCUCUUUAACUAACCCCACCACUCUUUAAAAAUUCCGCCUAAAAAGAAGAAGCGUUGUGUCCCCUCGUCUGGGUUUCCAGCAGACGUGUACAAUAACUACCCAGAGGAUCUAGUGGCAGCUCUUUACCGAGAGCCAUUUGACUUCAACGCCGAGCCACCUUGGGAUCCUAGCUGAUAGUGGACGAGUUCAUCCCAGGACUCAUCCAUUUUGUUGCAUAAGUCUAGGACCCCAGGGGCUCGAGAGGGUGCGAGCAAGACUACUUUGGACUAGCCACGUUCUUUAUGCCUGUCGGAUUAGAAGAAAACGGUUGAGAGGAUGAAGGGAAUCACUGAUGAGCCGCAGUAUUCUGUUGGUCUACUGGAGGGAGGCACAGCCCUCUGUGACGUGAUUGACAAUCACAUCUAUGAACAAACUCUGUCUGAGAAGAAUGCAUUCUUUGUAGCAGACCUGGGAGUUAUAAUGAGGCAGCAUGUUCGCUGGCGAACCCACAUGGCCCAAAUUCGACCCUACUAUGCUGUCAGAUGCAACAGCAGUCCAGCUGUUAUCGAAGUUCUUGCUGCUCUUGGCACUGGAUUCAUUUGUACCAACAAGUCUGAGCUUGAGCUGGUCCAGAGCCAUGGUAUUUCCUCUGAAGAUAUAAUCUGCAGCGGUGUCUGCAAACAAGUCUCCCAGAUUAAAUACGCUGCUAAGAAUGGCAUUGACCUCCUGGUGUGUGAUAAUGAAGCAGAGCUACGCAAGAUUUCUCGCUGCCACCCCAAUGCCAAGCUGCUGCUACAGGUUUCAACAGAAGCAUCUAGCCAGGACGAUGAGAUGAGCAUGACAUUUGGCUGUUCCCUCAAGGACUGCAGGCAUCUGCUGGAGAGGGCUAAGGAGUUGGGUGUGCAGGUGGUUGGAGUCAGGUCUCACAUUUCCAGCUCCUGUGAGGAUGCGCAGGUGUACGUUCAUGCCAUAUCUGAUGCCCGUUGUGUCUUUGAUAUGGGAGAGGAAAUUGGCUUCAACAUGAAAAUCCUGGACAUUGGAGGGGGCUUCAGUGGCUCUGAGACCCAGCUGGAACUGAUCAAUAAUGCAGUCAUGUCUAUGGUGGACCUAUACUUCCCUCCUUCUACUGGAGUUUCCAUCAUUGCUGAGCCUGGCAGCUUCUUUGUGUCAUCUGCUUUCACACUGGCUGUGAACGUCAUCUCCAAGGAGGUGGUUGCACGUGAUCGCCAGGACCAAGCACACGAUGAUCCAUCUCCCAACGAUGAGCCAGAGUUCCAGUACUACAUGAACGAGGGAGUGUACGGAUCAUUUGCUAGCAAACUCUGUGAAACACUGAUUCCUGCUCCAUCUGUUCAUAAGCAGAACACGUCCCUGGAUGCUCCGGUGUUCAGCAGCAGCCUGUGGGGUCCAUCUGGGGAUGACCUGGACCAAGUAGUGGAGCACUGUCUGUUGCCUGAGCUCAACAUCGGAGACUGGCUCAUGUUCACCCAAGCAGGGGCCUACAGUAUGGGUCAGCCACUCUGCACCGCCACCAACUCACCACCGCCUCCUGUAUACUACGUCAUCUCCUCUAGAGACUGGUUUGAGAUGCAGGACACUGGUGUCACUCACGAGGCUACACUGAAGAACUUCUCUUUGGUCCCUUAUUUCCUCAAUUCCUGCCAAACAGAGGCUGCUCUGUCUGUCCCAGCUUAGCAAUCAGCAGACGAGGAAGCCGUUUAACUUUUCCUUUUACUGGUUUCUGCUGCUAGCUUCCUCUGGUCCACAUUCCACCGUGUAAGUAAGUGAUUAGACCCAGAAAACCUAAGUAGAUGUUAAUUAGUAUGCAACAAAAUGGAUGACUCCUAAGAGAUGCAUUCUCCCCUUUGCUUUGGGCAUCCCAUGGCACUACAGUUUACAAUCAUACAGUAGACAUAUAAAGAUUUUAAAUGAUUAUAUUUGACAAAUGUAUUAUCCAUGUCUUCAUUGCUGUUGCCAGUCUUGUAAAGUAAGAUAUGUGUCCCGGAGUGAAGCAGCGUAUUUAAAUGGAAACACAGUUAUGAUUAUAGUGUAGGAUGCUUUGCCUAAAGAUGUGUAUUUAUGAUUUUAAUUGGUUGUAUAGUUUAUUCUGUGUGACGAGUGCUUGAUUUCAUUAUUACAUUUAUAAUGUUGUCCCUCUCAGUGUUUAUGAAACGGAGGUUUGCAUACGAAGGUGUAUUUACUCAUCUAUUUGAUGACGUAAAUAAAGCCGGCGUGAUCAAUGUGCAGUGUCCCCAUUAAAAUCCACUGCUGGAAACAAUGAUUAGUGCAGUCUGCUCUGGUGUGGUCGAGAAGCUAACGGCUCGAUGUUCACCAGUAAACUGGAGUUUUUCUGAAGCGCCGAGCAGCUCGCUCCCACACUAGUGAAGGGCCGGCAGGUAACUGCUAUGCCACGACAUAGCAAAGCAGGUUUAUUAGACAGCAUGUGCUGCAGAUGGAACAAGGGAAGUGUAGAUGGAUAAUGAAUCAGCUGACAUGGAAUUGGUUAUUGUUUGCUAGAACCCCCUUUUUUUUUUGUUGCUAUUUCUAUUGAAUUUGAAAAUAUGUUUUCAAAAUGUUAGGACUGUGUUGAAAUAUUAUUUCCCAACUGUGCAAGUAUACUUACAAGUGUGUACAGUAUCUGUGAAGUUGUCCCCCCAAUCUGUGUUAAAGGCAUGAUGAAAAUAACUGCUGUUUCUGUGCUCGUCAUCAUGAACAGUAAUAAACACCGCAUUGACUGGACUGUGAAAA